AAUAUUCCGGCCAGCGUCCUCGAGACCUCACGGUUGAUGCUGCCGGACAAGGCAUCCAUGUCAAUCGGCGCAAUGACGGCGAUUGUAUCAGCACGAUGGCACACCCUGCUCGGAUAUAAUCUUGCGCAGCAUUGCGAGAGUUAAUCAAAUCGCGAGAGCACGUCCAGAAACGCGUGGGCAAACCUUCACGGUCAUCCCCGCACGGCAUUAAUCGAAAUGAAACGCAACGCGCAGGAUCCACUCGAGGCAGUAUUGCAGUCAGCAGUCAGCAGGAUCGCAUCAGAAUCCGCUAAGGUGCCCAUAAUACGGACCAUGGAAUUAUUAGGGGCAAGCAGUCCUUGCCAAACGAUGCUCAAGAGGUGGAGACGCGAGGUCAUACGAAAGUGGAAUUCUCCGUGGAGACAAGGUUACGGGCGUUGGUCGCUUCAGUUUACUCCGAGAUCGACUCCAAAAACAGACAAUACGCCGAGAUCCUCGACACCGACACUGAGAGCGAAGUGGAACACGCUACAGUUCCGCGAUUGCAAGCCGCGCUGCUCUACCACGGUUACAGUAGUCUGUAAGGUUCAUGAAACACGUCAAUAUCAAAUACACCGUCUUCCCGCGUUCUAUCCAUCGUGCUUCUGGCGGGCCAUCGUCUGCCGCGCGGCUAUAGUCAUCCGAUACUCCUUUGGCCGAUACGCCGAGGCCAGCAGAAAAUGCCCUGCGCCAAGCGAGCGAUACACUCCAGAAGGGGUUGCUAGUGCGGUUUAGGCGGGCAGCCCGCUCGAGCCGACGACGUGGACCUGGCACCCGCUGCAGCCAAUCGCUUCUCGGAGGGUACAGAGGUCCGACCUCACCCGUGCUCAUGCAUCUGGCAAGGCUUCCGCAUUGGGUCAGAAAUCAGCUCAC